AUGCGGAGAUCUUGGAAAACACAAUAUUCGAGCAAACAUAGGACUCAAAACUUUCCGAGUCCCUUGUUAGCAGUCAAUUUUUGGCGAAUAUGCUUGGAUGAGUCACAACUCGUUGCCAGCAAGGUGAAAGCGGCAGCGAAAAUGUGCUCCAUGUUGAAAUCUCGUUAUCGUUGGUGCGUUACGGGAACACCUAUGUCAAACUCUGUGAACGGUGAGUUCAUUCCAGCGCUUUCGGGAAUAGUGUGGUACAGAGGGUAUGGGGAAGACUAUGUAAGAAGGAUUCCGCUAGGUGAAAAACUGAAAACUCGUGCUCAAGCCUAG